AUGGCGAAACUUCUCCUACGCUCGAGGUCGAGGUCCGAGGGAAGGCUUGGAAGGAAGGCAAAGGAUGCUUCAAAAUCCAGCGACUCGUUAGGGGUACUACCUCCCAAAUUCGAUGAUGAACCACUACCAAGUUCUCAAUAUAUUCCUCGGAAGAUGGAUGGCUUGACAGUGGAGUCUUAUAACGUUCAGCAAAGGUCGUUCGAAAUUGCUAGACCAAAAACCUCAGGUGGCCGUGAUAGUCCAUAUAAGACAGAAGACCGACCGAAGACAUCGCAUGGCAAGAAGGAUACUAGCCUGGAAGAACCUAAUUUCUCAGUUUUGAAUAGAUCAUACACAUGGUCUCGUGAACAAGCCGUUGGAAAAACGAGACCUGGUCCUAAACGCCAAACAAGUAGCCCCAUGUUACACGCCUUCCCACAAAGGUCCGCUUCACGCCAACAAGAGCAUACACCAGAUCUUGAAAUUGGAGUAGCGCUUGGUAGUCCCACUCACCACCCGAAGACACUUUUAGACGCUCGGAGUAGUAGAAUGUACGGCCUGGAGGACUGCUCGAAAUCAUUACCACAACACUAUGUGUCUCUUGACAACAAGGCGGAUGACAGAGUGUCUGCUCCUAGCCCUGCGCCUGACAGUACCUUCGUUCCUGAAAAUAAGGAAGCCAAUUCCAAGAGCAGCUGGAAGAGGUUCUUUGGAAAAGGAUUGUUUCAGAAAAAGGCGCCUCAAAAGUCGACAGGCGCACAGAUGCUAACAUCUCAGACUUCCAUUACGACUACAAGUUCCGUAACAUUGACUAGCGUCCAAGGCACCAAAGAAUCAAUGGACUCAGUUCGACAGGAUACAUUAGUUGAGGAAGAGCCCGGGUCUGAAACACGGGUGGAAGAAGUCCCCAGGGCUGAAUCCACUCCCAUGCUUGAUGUGGAUAUUCCAAAGGUCGAGAUGGAGCGCUACAGUGUCAUGUUUGAUUCUCUACUCAACCACCAAGGUUCAAAACUAUCGAUCUAUGCGAGACGAAAGUCCGGAAUACAUGGUGGUGCUGCUGCAGGGCAGAAGCUGUCUGAGGAUGUAACACCCACUCCAACUUUGAAUCUACCGAAAAAGAAGGACAGUUUGCCCGUAGGCCAACUUGGUCUUAUAAGCAAGUCGCCAUUAUGGCUCUUCCCUGCAACCCCUCGGACGCCAAAGAGCCCUGGGCGCCCGCGCGCCAUGACCACGCCGACUGAAAGUACGGCCGAAACCCCUGAGGUUCUGACAUUCAGAAAAUCUCGGACUGAAAGCGAUAUUGUACCGUCUCUACUUAUGAUGCUGGAAGAACGAAUUGCGGAACGCACAACUUCAAAGGCAGACAAAGACCCACAAACACCGUUUUCUGUUAUAUCUGAGGGCUCGGAGCUCGAUAGUCCCUACACACCUUACGGAGCAGAAUAUGGUACAUCCGACGGUAGGGCUCCCUGGGUCAGGAAGUUCAGCAUGCUCGAUGAACCGGAGUGGGAAAUGGUUACGACACCGCUGCGACCUAGGACGCCAUCUCCGACCGAGCUCGACCAAUCUGCGAAUGAUUGUGAGGCAUAUGUUGCUAAGGCAGCCAAAAUCUCGAUCGCACGGCAAAUAUCCAUCUCUCAGCGUCAACUAUUACUACCUGUUAUCUCGAACCCUGAGAGAUUUGUAUCAAAAUCCAAGGGCAAGCCACAAGGUCCUAAACCAGAGAUUUCUCUUGUCAUUACACCAGUUCAAAACGAUAGAAUCAGUGUCAGCCCAGCGCCAACAUCAGCUGUCUCGUCAGAAAAUAUUGCUAUGGCUCUAUAA